AUGAAAAUAUUAUUUUCUAAAUUCAUACCUCGACUUCGUCAUUUUCAUUGUUUCAUUAAGACACUUCAUGAUAUCAAUAUCCAGACUUUUGCGAUACUAAGCAAACGUUGGUCUUUAACGUGUAAAUCGAAAUUGAAUGGUUUCUAUAGCUACUUGUACACGAUUCCAUGGUCAUUUGAACAACUUGACAUAUCAACGUUAGCUGAUGAUGAUACGAUUAGUAUUUGUCCAAAUCUUCGAUAUUUAACUGUUGAUGUGCCAUGUACAAAUUUAUCACGACGUUUUCCAAAUAUUCACAUGCUCAAUGUUCUAACAGAAUGCAAUGUUUCUCCUGACAAUUAUAUGGAAUUUCGUCGACUUCGUCAUUUGAAAACAGUCAAAGUCAAAAUAGUUUCGUUACUUUCAACCAAACGUGUUCAGAUACUGACAUUAUGUGACAAAUCCGAAUUAUUGAAAAGUUCAACCAUUUAUUCCAAUGUAUUACAUUUGAUCUUAGAAAAUGAUAAGAUUACGUCAUUGAAUACUGUCAUUGAGCUUGUGCGACGUUUUUCUAAUCUUCAUUCACUCAAAAUUGAGCUUCCAAAAAAUGCUGAAUAUUAUGAUUGUCUCGACAUUCUACUCGAUGGUGAACAUUUGUGGUAUCUAUGGCUUUUCAAAACAAAUUGGAUUAGUGAAUUCAAGUUCUGUUCAGAUGUGUCAAUAUGGAUAUCUGUCAAGACACCUUUGAAAUGGAAAUGGACUCCAUUCUAUGGAAAUUGUGAUUGUGAUGAAUUAACUAUUUGCUUAUAA